ACCGAUAUAACUUGUAAACAAAUAUCGAAAGUUAGAGAUCAAAGAUUAGAGAGAUAUCGCCAUUCUAUUCGUUUCUGCUUAUACAUAGGUUCGCACGUUUAGUGGAAAAUCAACGAAGAGAGAGAAAGACUUAAUAAUUUGUGCAAAUAUUUAACGCUGCCAAUAUUUAAGAUUCGUAAUUUAAUAUAUUAUUUCUAAAACCAAAAAAUAAUAAUGUCGUAUACAAAGGAAUAUAUUCAAGAUAAACUAACCACAAAAUUGAAUGCUUCGCACGUGUGUUAAUCUAUAACAUCGAUAUUAAAGUAACAAGUAUACUUUAUUUAAUCGAUUCAUUGUAUAAGAUCAUAGUAAGAAAUGGGUCUGCGUGGGUCUAUGCAAGUAGUACUCAUCUUUAUUUUUGCACUCGUUUUAAGAUGGUGCAUUACUUAUCAUUCCCACAGUGGCCAAGAUAAACCUCCUAUGUAUGGAGAUUACGAGGCUCAACGACAUUGGCAAGAAAUAACCUUAAAUCUACCUAUACAAAAUUGGUACGUCAAUACGACGGACAACGAUCUAAAUUAUUGGGGCUUAGAUUAUCCUCCCUUGACUGCAUAUCAUAGCCUUCUAUUAGGUUAUAUUGCUAACUCGACCAAUCCUUCUUACGUUAAAUUACACGAAUCUAGAGGAAUAUCCUCUCCGGAUCAUAAAUAUUUCAUGAGAAUGACCGUUCUUUUCGCAGAUGCUAUGAUUUUUUUGCCCGCAGUGGUAUGGUAUGUUAUGAGCACACCAAUAAUUAAGAAUCCUAUAACAGAAUACAAUAAUUUGUUUAAUUUUAAAAGUAAAGAUUUUAUACUUUUAAGCGCAUUGAUUUAUCCUGGCAUUGUGAUGAUCGAUCACGGUCACUUUCAAUAUAAUUGUAUAUCGUUAGGAUUUUUCAUUGCUGCUGUAACAGCUAUUUUAAUUGAUUCUUUUGUAGGCGGUUCAUUUUUAUUUGUAUUAGCGUUAAAUUACAAGCAAAUGGAAUUAUAUCAUUCUUUGCCAUUCUUUUUUUACAUACUUGGAAAGUGUAGAAUCAAUAAGACCAAAUCAUUGCUUUUAUCAAUCUAUAGAUUAGUUUCUGUCUCAUUAACUGUUUUAACAACAUUUAUUAUUAUUUGGUUACCUUUCCUUAAAGAUCGGUACACCUUUAUGAAUACAGUUUUACGAUUAUUCCCAUUUAACAGAGGCGUGUUUGAAGACAAAGUUGCUAAUGUAUGGUGUACAAUAAAUGUUCUUUACAAAUUACGUAACACCUUUACAAACGAACAAUUGGCACAAAUCUGUUUGGUAAUAACGACCAUCGCUGUUUUACCAGUUUGUAUUAAUUUGUAUCUAUCGCCGAGAAAAGAUAAAUUUAUUAUUUCUCUUAUAAAUUCUUCAUUGGCAUUUUUUUUAUUUUCAUUUCAAGUUCAUGAAAAGUCUAUUCUUUUGGUAGCAAUUCCAGUGUUAUUGUAUUUUCAUAAUGAUCCUUUAGCAUGUUUUUGGUUAUUAUUAGUUUCUCAUUUUAGUAUGUUACCAUUGUAUGUAAAAGAUAAUUUGUAUCUGGCAUACUUUGCAAUGACAAUGUUUUAUAUUCUUUCUAUCAUUUGGAUGUGGUCAGAUUUAUUCGACGUCGCAAAUAAAUCCGACAAACGUGAAAGAAAAUUUUCCAAAGGAAAAACAAACAGUCAAAGGAUAUCGAAACAUAAACACUAUUUCAAUAAAUAUUUGUUUAAUUUCAUACAUAAAUUAGAGUAUCAUUACGGAUAUAAUUUCAUAAUUAAGACAUUAUUUUACAUUUCUAUGCUAGGAAUGUUAAUUUUAUCUUUUACUAUUCAUUGUUUAAAACCACCUGAAAAAUACCCAGAUUUGUUUGCAGUAUUGAUAUCCGUCUAUUCUUGCAUUCACUUUUUUCUUUUCUUUUUGUAUUUCUGUUAUAAACAAUUUAUACUUGUAGAUAAUAAUUUUGCGACUCGGUUAAAAAUACAUUGAAUCGAGGGCUUUCUUUCUUAAGUAUAAUGUAAUUGCUUAUUUUUAGUUUUAU